AUGUCUACAUCAAUCAAGUCGCUACUGGCGCACAAUGACGGAAGGAUCCGCCUCCUAGAAGCUCAUGAUCGCGCGUCGAAAGAGGUCAUCCGACGAACAGUCAGCAAGGACGGCGAAAGCUUUCAUGGCUUCUGGAUCAGCGGUUUGACUCAAACAACCCAUCUCGGCAUUCCAGACACUGAACUCAUUUCACCGUUGAAGAGAGCUUCCUUGUUUGGUUUCAACGACUAUCUGCACCAAAAAGAUACCCGUCCACUGUGUGCGGCUUUUGAUGCCGACAGUGGUGGUGAAUUGGCUGAUAUUCCCGCCCUGGUCGCCAUCCUGGAAAUCAAGGGAGUUUCGAUGAUAAUCAUUGAGGACAAGGCUGUCUCUGAGCCGGGCAAAAAGGUCAACUCUCUGAAAGAGACCUCUGGAUCUCAGGCACAGGCAGAUCCUCAUGAGUUUUCCAAGACACUUCAAGCUUUCAAGCAAGCUUCAGCUGGCAAGGAUAUACUUAUCACAGCCAGAAUCGAGAGUUUGACCACUCGAAUCAGUAAAGAAGACCCCGUUGAGGAGGAUAACUCCAUUCAGGCAGCUCUUCAGGACGCACAGAAGCGCGCUAUCAUUUACAGAGAUGGUGGAGCUGAUGCCAUCAUGAUCCAUAGCAAAGAUACUGAGCCGCACGAGGUUCUCACCUUUCUCCGACACUUUCGAGCUAAGGAUGCCACCACGCCGUUAGUGGUGGUACCAACGACGUACUCUAAAACAGCACGCGCGGCUUUGUAUGAAGCUGGCGCUAACGUGGUCAUUUAUGCGAACCACCUAAUGCGUGCCAGAAUCAAGGCCGUGGCUCCGCUCACAGACCAGCUGCUAAGUAAACAUCCUACCUUGUUUGCUGAAGAUGCCGAGUUACGUGCCUGUGUGGAGGCUCAGAACUACGGGUGCUUGCUCAAUAUACUCUUGGAAAGGAGUCUGUCGGGAAAUCAAACAAGAGAGGCAGAUGAAUAUCGAGCGUUAGCAGAGAGCCAUGCACUUGAGAAUAUGAAAACUGUGGUACAGAAUCUAGCCGACGGCGACCUCGCAGGCUGCGAGGGCGAUGAACGUAUCAUUUCUGUCAAGGAGUUGCUGAAGAUUAAUGCUCGUCAAGUCUCGGUCAUUUGA